CUUGGAAACCUUAAAUCACUUAUAAUACGUUAUUUACAACAUGAACCUCAUUCUCACCGGUGCUACCGGCCUGGUCGGAUCGGCCGCUCUCAACCAUAUCCUUUCUCUCCCAGCGGGGCAAAUUUCCCAACUGUAUAUCUUGAGCCGGAAGCCGGUUCCGAUCGCCGAUGGUCGGCCCGAUGUUACUGUGAUUGAGCACAAAGACUUCAACGAAUAUAGCCCUCAGCUGUUGGAGAAGUUAAAAGGAGCCGAUGGCUGUAUUUGGGCGUUGGGUAUUUCUCAAACACAGGUAUCAAAGGAGGAAUAUGUCAAGAUCACAGUGGAUUAUCCGCUAGCCGCGGCGAAGGCAUUUUCAGGAUUAUCGGAUUCCUUUAAUUUUGUAUAUGUUUCCGGUGAAGGAGCAACACAAGAGCCAGGAAGGUUCACGCCAUUUUUCGGUCGUGUAAAAGGCGAAUGUGAAUCAGCACUGAUCGCCUUGUCCAAGAAGUACCCAAGUCUGAAGCCAUACUCUGUCAGGCCUGGCUUCGUUGAUGCAGCUCAAGAUCCCCAGACUCUGGCUGCUGCCAUGAAGCGGCCACAUUAUAGCGCCGCAAGUAAUCGAUUGCUCCUAGGAACCGUAGGGCCCAUGGUAAGACAGUUCUAUUCCAAGGGUGUUUCGCCAACGAAGGACCUUGGACGUUUCUUAACAGAUCUAGCCAGCGGAAACGGACAACCUCAUACAGGACAAGGAGUCAGCGGAGAAGGAUGGAUCCUAUCAAACAUCGCAUUCCGAAAAGAAGCUGGCCUGUAGCCACUGAGACAUUCCCACCAUUCCACAUUGAUGUACUAUAUACCCACCUCUCUCCUCAGUCAGAACCCACAACAACAGCAACAACAGUAAUAAUAAUACCACCAGACCGUCACCGACAAUAUCCAUAAUGCCAAUCCUCCCUCGCCAAAUCCUCGCGCACCCUAUAAACCCCCUCCGCCUCAUCCAAAACCCCCAUAUCAACC